AUGGCAGGUCAGGGUCUUGCAUUGCCAGAACCCAAAAAUAGGUUGCUCCUCUGGAGUGUCCUUGUCGUGGUUUCUUUGAUUUCUGGUGCUUAUUUCGUUGGUAAUGCCUUUUUUGCGAAUGAAUACAAACAGUGUUUGCCGCUCGCAAUUGAUUUAACUAUUCACAAACUUGGGCUUUCUGACAAGAGAUUAGCACGAUGGGGACUAAUUCAUACAAUAUCAAAUUCAGAAUCAAAUGCUUGCAAGAGACAAUGCUUGCCUUUUGGAACUGAGGCAUUGCCUGAAGGAAUUAUUGCUAGAACAUCAAACUUAGAAAUGCGGCCCUUAUGGGACUCUGGUAAAGAUCAUCAGAAAAUACUGUCUAAUGUGCUAGAAGAGAACCUGGAAAUCUCAUCCAAGAGAAUUUUAAAGCGCCCAUUGAACUUGUUGGCAAUGGCAGUAGGACUUAAGCAGAAAGAAAUUGUCAGCAAAAUUGUUGAAAAGUUCUUGUCAAGUGAAUUUGUUGUGAUGCUUUUUCACUAUGAUGGUUUUGUGGAUGGAUGGAAGAGUUUGGCUUGGAGUAAACAUGCCAUACAUGUAUCUGCUAUCAAUCAAACAAAAUGGUGGUUUGCGAAACGGUUUUUGCAUCCAGACAUAAUUGCUGAAUACAAUUAUAUAUUUCUUUGGGAUGAGGACCUUCUUGUUGAUAAUUUUGAUCCAAAAAGGUAUUUAUCUAUUGUUAAAGAAGAGGGUCUUGAGAUAUCACAGCCAGCUCUGGAUCCUACAAAAUCUGAGGUUCAUCAUCCACUGACAGUCCAUAAAGCGGGAUCAAAAGUGCACAGAAGGUAUUAUAAAUUAAGAGGCAGUGGAAGGUGUGAUGACAAUAGCAUCGCUCCUCCUUGCAUUGGCUGGGUGGAAAUGAUGGCACCGGUGUUUUCCAAAAAGUCUUGGCAAUGUGUAUGGCAUUUAAUCCAGAAUGACUUAAUCCAUGCCUGGGGCCUGGAUAGACAGCUCGGCUAUUGUGCUCAGGGUGAUCGAAUGAAAAAUGUUGGUGUUGUUGAUUCUGAGUACAUAGUUCAUCUGGGUCUGCCUACUCUUGGGGGACCAAAUGGCAAUGAGGCAAGCACCAUCAGACUCCCCUGGAGAUAA